UUGAUGGGGAUAUGGAGAACCUGGCUGCCGGUAGUCGUGAGACUUUGUUGCAGGAACUGAAGGAAUACACUGAGCGAUGUCAGAACCGGCUGAGCGAGCUGCUUCAGGAACUGGGCUGGGAACAGAGCAGCCCGGGAAAGGAGGAGGAGACGUCCAUCUGUCCCUAUGAUUCCAACCACAGAAUGCCGGUAUCUUCUCUGGAGAAGCAUGCCAGUGUAUGUAGACUACGACGGUUGGGGUACAGUAAGGAAGAGACAGAAGCCCCUAACCCCAAGUUUUUCUAUGAAAAAACAAACGCACUUUGCAUUGUUCUAGAUAAAGCUAAACAGUUUGAGAUCAUCAAAGAAGCUAAGGCUGCAGCACCUAAUACGAGUGAAAAUGGUUUAUGGGAGAAAAGUUUAUAUUCAUCUUUACCUGCUGAAGUUCCCCAUAAUCACAAGCACACAAUCUGUGAUUUAAAAGCUGGUGAUCGCCUUGCGAUCUAUGACUAUGUCAAACAUGAGACAAAGCUGGAUAGAUCUGGUUCUGAGAAGAACGAAGCCGAUCUGCUUGAGGAUUUAACAGCCAAGAUCAAUCAAGAUGAUGGCCAGAAAUGUCCAAAGUCCCAUCUUGAAAUUAUGGCAGAAAUGAGAGACUACAAAAGGAGAAGGCAAUCUUACAGGGCAAAGAACGUUCACAUAACAAAGAAAUCUUACACUGAGAUAAUACGAGAUGUCAUCAGUGUUCAUAUGGAAGAGUUGAGCAGCAAUUGGCGUGAUGACAUGCAUGAUGAAGCUAGCUCCUCUAUUUCUUCUUCCUCAAUUAAUAGAAAAGAACAGCAGAGGUCUCCAUCUGUUGAGUCCAGACAGUCUGCAGGAAGUCAAAGGGACAGACGUCGACCUGGUCAUAAGAGAGACCGCAGCAGGAGUCCGCGCAAACGCAGAAGCAGGGAAAGAGACCGAGGUUUUAGACCUAAAAAAGACAGGAGUGAAGACAAACACCACAGCCAUAAGAGAAGAAAGGACACUGACUAG